UUCCAGUAGAUGAGAUGGAGGUUACAUUUAAUGAAAUAGAGUUUUUAAUAGGUUUCAUGUGAAUUUGCCUGGGUGUCCCUGCCCAUCAUAAAAGAACGACAUCAUUUGAAUAAAUCAGCAAUCCUUCGUGUGUUCAAUAACAGAAGAGUAAUCUGCUCACCAGGUAAGAUGGGUUUCUGUUUCAUGUUCAAACAUGUUUUAUUAAAUGUAUUAGAUAAAUAAUACAGUUUGUUGUUGUUUAUUACUUGAUGUCAUUCUAUUGAUUAUCACAUAGUCUUGUGUGUGAUAAUGUGGUCAGACGGGUUUAUUUGAAACAAUGAUUUUCAUGAGUUUGACUUCAGGUGAAAAUCCUUCCAAAAUAAAACAGUGGUAAUGAUAUACAGUAACACAAUAGAAUAUCACAUUAAUCUACAUUUUUGUGGUUUCUAAAUACAUGUUUUUUUCUAAUGGUGAUUGUUCAGUCUUUUUCAUGAAAAGACAUCAGACCCCAAAACAACGCAAGUGAAAAUCCUUCUGGAGGCACAAACAUCCACACGAGUCUGGACAUUAUUAUGGCAUUUCCAUCAGUGCUGAUGCUUCUGUGUGCUUUUCCUCUUUCAAAUGCUGCGGGUCGGCUAAGAGAAUUCCAUCUUUUAAGUCAAAUGAAUAUCAGUGAAGCUCUGGAAACUUGCAAAAAAACCUACACUAACAUUGUCACAGUUUAUGAUGAUAAAGACAAUGAAGAGCUUAUUAAACGUGUCAAAGGCAGAGAUGCUCCAUCUGCCUUAAUUGGUGCUUAUACAAAUAACACAAACUACAGGAGUAAAUGGUCAAAUGGUGAUGACGUCAUAUUCACUUCAUUCACUGAGAACUGUACGGGAAUAUGUGGAGCUGCUAUGAGAAGUAAUGGAUCAUGGGAACUACUGCCACACACUGAGACCAAAUACUUCAUGUGCUAUGAUGAAGGUGUUGACCGAGCAUCACACAACUAUAGUUUAAUCCAUAUAAACAAAACCUGGACUGCAGCUCAGCUGUACUGUAGACAGCAUCACACAGAUUUAGUCAGUAUCACAAAUGAGCAGGAAAAUGAGCGAGUAAAGAAUCAGACAAAAGACAGAGAGUUUCCUUUCUGGAUCGGCCUCCUGCAUGAUAACAUUGAAUGGGCUGAUAGAGGAAAAUCUGCUUACAGAAAUUAUUCAUCAAAACCAGGUCAGGGAACGUUUACAAUCCUUACAGUGCUAACCAAUGACUGGCAACUAAGAGGUUCUGGUUCCUUCGCUGUUCUAUGCUACAAAAGUCUCAUUCACGUGAGUGAAGCUAAGCUGUCCUGGGAAGGCGCUGUGGAUUACUGCAAUGCUUCUGGUCUACUGCGCAUCGAGUCCAAAGACGAUCAGAUAGAAACAGAGCGAGAAUUACGAAAAGAGAAUAUUUCUGAACCGGUGUGGAUCGGACUUCGACAGAGUCGACUUUUUGGUUUCUGGAUGUGGGUGAAUGGACUUCACGUGGGACCCUGGACUAACUGGAAAGGAGGACGUCAGCCAGAACAUCAGAUCUCUCAUCACUGUGGCGUCAUGGAGAAGGUGGACGGCACAUUCAAGUGGACUGAUAAAGACUGCAGAUCUACAUUUAGAGUUUUAUGCGAGGCGAAAUGAUACUGAAUUAUCUGACAGCUGAAAUUCUGACUCGAGAAUACAGAUGUACAUCUGCGUUUUAAUUCACUCUGUAAUUCUUAUAUGUAUUAACAAAGUCACUUUGUUUCAAUAAUUUCAUUUUUAAUUCAUGUCUAAUCGUAUGUGGUGCUGUAUUGUCUUUAAAAGUAAGUUGACCUCCAUCUCAAGAUUAAAUAACCUUCCACUGUCUUUGCUUGGUACACAAUUGAAAUGAUUCAAUAAAACGAUCAUUUCGUUACAGCAUCUCCUGUCUGCUGUCAUUUCUUCAUCUCGCUGUCUGUUUCUCAGCUUGUAGAACUGGAGACAGAGGUCUAAUAAAAAGUCAAAUAGCAUUGAGCAGAUGCAUUUUAACAUGUCAUCAUGGUGUCUAAAUCUCACAAACUCAGCACUUACUGACAAUCCCAUAGAGAGCUGAGACGGUAGAAAACAUCUGAUCAAUGUGAUCAAAGACCAGCAGCCACAUCAACCUGUAGCCCAAGACUGGCU